UGAUAAAUGUCGAUAACUUUGUGGCAUAAAAAUAAGUCCAUCUUCUUCACUUCUGGUACAAACAUGAAGAGAGCAGAGGAAGGAUGUGAGGGUGUUGCAGCUAAUCAUAAUGUUGUCUGGGAUUAUUGUGGCAGUUUGUUUUAUGAUUCUUACGAGAUUAUCUCCGCCACCCAUCUGAUCGAACGGAACAUGCGGCGGCCUCUCUCCGGCAGCUCUCCGGGCAUGGAAAAUUUUAGGAGAUCGGCAGAUCAGUCGAAGGGGCGGCGGCAGGGAGAACGGAAUGGUGAUGCUGACAAUAAUAAAAAGGUGGAGGUUGGAAGGGUGAUUAAGAAGGUGUUUAGUAAGAUCUUAGCUCCAAUCCGUUUAAAUUUCUUGAUCAAGAAAUUAACUCGAUAAUGGCGGAAACCCAUGUAUGUUUGACCUUUGGACUUUUCUAAUAUCCAUCUCAUAUACCUACUACAAAAUGUAUAUUGAAAUUGCAUGUAUCUUCUCAUCUUAUUUUUCUCAAUUAUUCUUUUGUAAUAAUGAAGCCGUUUGAUAGCUUUGAUUAUUAUAGAGUUAAUUACUCAUAUAGGACAAAAAGACUCAUCAAAUGCUAAAACUGGAC